AUGCAAGCCGCGGCUGCGCCCAAGUCGAAGCCGAAGCCCGCCGACACUGGAUAUGACGAAACAGUUCCUGUUAACGAAGUGUACCGCGGCAUCCCCUACGCCAUGCCGCCCGUGGGCUCGCUGCGCUUCAUGCCGCCCGUGUCGGGCGCGCUGUGGCAGGGCGUGCGCCUGGCCGAGCACUUCGCGCCAGUGUGCCCGCAGCGCCUGCCCGACAUCUCCAACGACACGGCGGCGCGCGAACGCAUGCCGCGGGGCAGGCUGGAGACGCUGCGCCGCUUGCUGCCGCACCUGCAGCACCAGGACGAGGACUGCCUUUACCUCAACAUCUACGCGCCCUCGCAAGUUAUAUUUAGCAACUUAAAAGAAAAAUAA